UCGAGGUAGGUGGGGAGUCGGAUCAGGGCCGACGAGACAGAUACAAGGACGACAGAUAUGAGAGGUCGGACCGAGCUGGAUACAGGGGUGGCAGAUAUGAGAGAGGAGAUCGAGACGGAGACCGAUGAGAUGAUACGCGCGACGAUUCGCGGGGGUGGUACGACCGAGGGGAUCGACGCGAUGAGUCACGCGGGCGAUACGACCAUGGAGACCGCCGAAAUGAUUCACGAGGACGAUAUGAGCGAGGAGGAUCUGGAGGAGACCGCCACAAUGAUUUGCGCGGCCGGAAUGAGAGAGGGGGAUAUGGCGCGCCAUCUGAUCCGAGAUAUGGCAACUACACCCAUAAGGGUGGCAGCUACCAAGUCGGUGAGAGGAUCUACAUCGAGGAAGACUGGCACGGAUUACGUGAUGGCGGAGAAGGACGGACAACGGAUCGAUGGAGAGGAGGUUAUUCUUUCACCGCGAAAACGGGGAGUGAAGAAGUUCUUGAUGAAGAGUUCGUUGGAUGAUAUUGACACAGUCGAGUCCCUGAGACGGGCCCUUCGACAGCCCAUGCAGUGCUCUAUUCUCGAAUAUCUAGUAGCAUCCAAUCCGGAUCGCGACGAGUUACAGAUGAUCACGCAGAAGACUCGCAUACCACUAUCAGAGGAGGCUCAGGUGGCCCCUAAGGCGGAUGCUCCUACUGUAACAAUAUCGGAGGUGACUGCAAGAGCAGAUCGCAUGGCGACAGUCCUUCGUGAUGGGAUGGAAGGUGUGCCUCCAGACAAGUUUUACAUACUCGGAAGUGGGACCGUGGAGGCGAUCCUAAACGACGGGGCGGUUCUAGAUGCUGUGAUCGAUAACGGCAGUGAGGCUGUCAUUAUAGACGAGGAUCUGGCAGAGCAAGUUGGACUGUGACUCGAUAGAUCAUACCUAUUCGAGA